CUCGUCUUCUCUUUGCUUCAUUCGAAAAUGGCGACUUCAGAAAUGGUGAUUAAGGACAUGUACGACGUCGGAUUGAAACCUCGUAUGAUCCGUACGCUUCUAAAAGAAGAUGUCCCUGACGAUACAAUCCCAUUUGAUUCUCCAUCCAAACUCUCCCGUAUUAUUUUCUGCAUUCAGUCUCACAAACUCUUAUCAGAGCCUUCAAUCACUGACAACAACAAACAAAUCGAACGGUGGAAGUCCUCCGUCGAUGAUUGGGUCGCUCGCUUGUUGUCUCUUAUCAGCAAAACCACCACCACACCAGAUAAAUGCUGGGCUGGAAUUUGCUUGUUGGGUGUGACGUGUCAAGAGUGUAAUGCCGACCGGUUUCUGGGGUCUUAUGCUGCUUGGUUUGAUAAAAUGUUGACGCAUAUUCAGUCACGAGGGGAUUCUCAGUUUGUGAAGGUGGCUGCUUGUACCUCGAUAUCGGAUUUGAUCACAAGGUUGGCGGGAUUUCCAAAUGUGAAAAAGGAGGGGACUUCACUUGCUGGAAAAGUCAUUCAACCUGUUUUAAAGCUGUUGAGUGAGGAUAGUUCAGAGGCUGUAUUGGAAGGAGCAAUUCAUCUGUUGUGCACUGUUAUAUCUUCCUUUCCUGCUACACUUCAGCGUCAUCAUGAAAGUGUUGAAGCUGCUAUUACAUCAAAAAUAUUUUCGGGAAAAUUCAGUAUAAAUUUGAUGAAGAAGCUAGCUCAUUGUCUAGCACUGCUUCCCAAAUCAAAGGGAGAUGAAGAUAGCUGGAUUUCAGCAAUGAGGAAGGUUCUGUUAUUGGUAAAUGGUUACCUAACUGAAAUCUUCACUGGUCUAGAGGAAGAAACAAAAUGGGAUGAAGCUGUUAGAUUAUUGGUUCCGCCAGGAGAAGUUCCACCACCUUCUUUAUGGGGCCAAAAGUUGUUAGAGGAUACCUCAGACAAGGAAAGAAAGAGAUCCAAGCUGUGUAGUAUCUCUAUGUUCAUGCUUAGCUGUUGUGAAAUGCUUACAAAUUCAUAUCCUGUCCAGGUUUCAGUGCCUGUUCGCUCAUUACUGGCCCUUGUUGAGAGAGUGCUGAUGGUCAAUGGCUCAUUGUCACCAACCACAUCAUCCUUUUUGAUUUUAGCAGAACAAGAGUUCAUUUGCUCUGAACUUCCAGUUUUGCACUCCUAUGCUUUGGAACUUCUUGCUUCAGUCAUAAAGGGGAUUCGCAGAUUUGGCAAACCUAUGUACUGUUCUUUGUGGGCAAGUUAUAAUCUAGCAAUGGAUGUGGAAGACUUUUGA